AAAAAGAGUUCACGGGAAAAAAAACAAAAAGUCAUUAUUCUCUGUGUUUAUGUGAGCAGCGGGAGAAAGACUGAAAGAGGGAGAUUGGAAAAACCGUAAAGCCAAAACCCUAGGCUAGUGUUAUUGGCUCAAGUUUUAGAACUGGUUCAAUCUUCAAUUUUGGUAACACCCAACACGUGUAAUAGUGUUGGCCUACGGCUACAACUCAAAGUCAUUCUUGGUAGAGCUUGAAGGAAGCCUUUUCUCUAAAACUUCUGUUACAGGUUGAUGAUAUAUGAUGCCGAAUAAUCGUAAACCAAGCAAAUGAGGAAGAUUAGAAGCAUAUUACAACCCUAUUCCCAGAGUAGAUAGAUCAGAAAGUGUUGCUCUUGCUCCAAAUAUUGAACUCAAUGAAGUAGUUAUUGAUGCAGUUGAACCCGAAGAAUUGCACACCCAAAGAACUGGAAUAGAAGAAGACAGACCUGAAGUGAUGAAUGUUACUCCAUUAGAACGUGAUCCGGGGUUAUGAAUUCCAGUAAUGCAACAUCCUGUUAACAAGCGUGAUGAAGUUCGGCGAGCAUAUUUAUUGUUGGGACCUUAUCAGCCGAGAUUAAAAUAUCCCCGCUCUAAAUUCGGAAAGCAAUACCGUGGUUUUAAUUUUAGUUGGUUCGCACAACAUCCUUGGUUGGAGUAUUCACCUUCUAAAGAUGCUGCAUAUUGUUUUCAGUGUUUUCUUUUUGAAUCAGAUCCUCCAAAACACUCAGCAUUCACUAGUGAAGGUUUCAAAAGAUGGUGUUCUGUUAAUAAUGGAUCAGCAUGUGCAUUUCUAAAACACUCUGGAAAUGUUGAUUCUGGACACUCUACUGCCCAAGGAAAUUCUGAAGCUUUGAAGAAUUCAGCUCAGCGAAUAAGUCUUUUGGUAGAGAAACAAUCAAUAGAGGCUGUAACGAGACAUAGGUUGCGUCUCAAGACAACAAUUGACUGUUUAAGAUGGCUUGCGCGUCAACAAUGUGAUUUCAGAGGUCACGAUGAGUCAAAAGGUUCAAGGAAUCGUGGGAAUUUUAUUGAAUUGAUCAAGUAUUCAGCAUCACUUAAUAAAGAUGUGAAUGCAGUCGUCUUGGAGAAUGCCACUGGAAAUGCCACUUAUACUUCACCCAAGAUUCAGAAAGAGAUCUUAAAUAUUAUAUCUAACAGAGUUAGAAGCAAGAUUCGCGAGGAAAUUGGAAAUGCCAAAUAUUGUAUCCUUGUUGAUGAGUCGCGGGACGCUUCCAAGAAAGAGCAAAUGGUGAUUGUUUUAAGGUAUGUGGAUAUUGAUGGUUAUGUUCAAGAAAGGUUUUUUGAUAUUCAACAUGUUGAAAAUACUUGUGCUUUAACUCUGAAAAAUGGAAUAACAAAAAUUCUUAAUUAUUAUGAUCUUCAAGUUGAAAACAUGCGAGGGCAGGGGUAUGAUGGCGCAAGUAAUAUGCGUGGUCAGUGGAAUGGCUUACAAGCCUUGUUUCGUGAGGAAUGUAAAUAUGCAUAUUAUGUUCAUUGUUUUUCACAUCGCCUUCAGCUAGCACUUGUGAAAACAGCUGAAACUUUGGGUCCAGUUUGGAAAUUUUAUUCUAUGUUAUCAUCAAUUGUCAAUCUUGUUACAUCUUCUUCACAUCGAUUUGGUGAUUUUCAGUCUGCUCAAGAAGAUGAGAUUGCCAAAAGGUUAUCUAGUGGUGAACUUGAGACAGGGAAAGGGGCAAACCAAAUAGGUACUUUGCCACGUGCUACUGAUACCCGUUGGAGUUCCCAUUAUGGUUCCGUAUGCAGUUUGAUAGAUAAGUUCGAAGCAACCUGCACAACUAUCGACCAUAUUGGCGCAAGUGAUCCGAAAGUGACUCCUAAAGUUGGUGAAGCACAAAGUAUUUCUGAAGAAAUGAGGUCAUUCAGGUUUGUCUUUGUCUUGCAUUUGAUGUUUAAAAUUAUGGGUAUUACUGAAAUAUUAUGCCAAGGUCUUCAAAAGAAAAAACAAGACAUAGUAAAUGCAAUGGCUCUAGUCUCAAACACAAAAGUCUGACUUAGAGAAUUAAAAGAAGAGAGAUGGGAAAAUUUUAUUACAACUGUUACUGAAUUUUGUGUUGCACAUGGUGUUGAAACACCUAAUAUGGACGCUCGCUAUAUGAUGGGUACAGGCCGUUCUUGUCAGCAACGUGAUAAUAUCACAGUAGAUCACCAUUAUCGUGUUGAUAUAUUUACUGCUACAAUUGAUUUUCAGUUGUCAGAGUUAGAUCAUAGGUUUCCAGAGGACACAAUGGAACUACUCAUUCUUAGCUCAUGUUUGGAUCCUCGGGAUUCUUUUAAGUCAUUCGAUGUUGACAGUCUUUGUAAUCUUGCUGAGAAGUUUUAUCCUCUAGAUUUCAGUCCGCAAGAGGUACACAUUUUGAGAAAUGAGUUACAACAUUAUGGUCAUGAUGUAGUUAACAAUUUGCAAUUUCAGAACUUAUCAACUAUUUCCGAGUUAUGUCGGCAACUAGUAGUAACCAAGAAGGCAGAAGCUUACCCUAUGAUUGACAAAUUGAUUCGUAUUGUGCUUACUCUCCCUGUUUCCACGGCAUCUGCAGAAAGAUUUUUCUCAAUAAUGAAAUUGGUCAAAUCAGCUACUCGUAACAAAAUGCAACAAGAUUUUCUUAGGGAUUGCAUGAUGCUCUACAUUGAACAAGACAUUGCAGGAGCUAUCCAUACUGAUUCAAUCAUAGAUGAAUUUGACGAUUUAUACAAUCGUAGGGUACAACUUAAGUGCUAGCCAUGGGUUGAUGAUAUUCACUCUUUGGUAAAAUAUAAAUGCUAAUAGUUCAUACGCAAUGACAAGGCUAAGCAUUUUAAUCAGGUAAAUCGUUUGAAUAUCGUGUAUGUUGAUUAUGCAAUUAUUAUAAUUCAUUUGCUAGUCGUGUUGUCUUGAUUGAAUUGUUUCACAGGAGGCAAGAAAACAACCAGAACUACGUUAAGGAGCCGCUGCGCCAGGUCAGGUGGAAGCAAGACUCAAUUGCUCGAAAAUAGAAGGUUCUUGCACUUUCCAAUCUCAGCAGGCACUGGCCCCGAUAGAUAGUUGCUUGAUAAGCUUAACUUUUCCAGGCUAGUGUUGAAAGAAGCACAAAACCCAGAUGGGAGAUUACCCGUAAAAUUAUUAGCACUAAGAUCAAGAACUUGGAGCUGAGUACAGCUUCUUAAUGACAGAGGUACACAUCCAGUUAAGUGGUUAUAAGAUAAAUUGAGAACUUUUAAAUUACCACAGACCCCAAACUUGACAUUUGAGAAUCUCCCACUGAAGCUAUUGUAUGAAAGAUACAAGAACUUAAAGUGACUACAGUAAGGAAGAAAGGACUGAGAACUGAUAGGCAAGUCGACGGUUAGAAGAUAAAUCGAUUGUUUCAAAAGUACAAGGAAGAGUUCUGUUUUGGGAGAGAUUCCCAUAAAAGUAGUUACCUCCCAAGUAAAGAUGUUUGAGAUUUUCUAAAGAUUUGAUGUAACUUGGCCAUUGGCAGAGCAGAUAAUUCCAUUCCAAGCACAAGGAGUUGAUGAUAAUGAAUUAGUAAUGGUCCAGUUAGCUAAAUAACCACUGGGGUCUUGCUCAAUUGAAGAAUGCUUAAAUCUCAUUAAACUGCUCACCACAUUAUUUUUCUGAGACUGUUGCAGAGAAGGUGAUGCUGAUUCAUUGAACAUUAAUGGAAGAAGGAUGCAGCAUAACAGGAAGACUUCCAUGUUGCUUUUUCUCAUCUCUCUCUGUGUAUCUCCAUGAGACAUGUUCUAAGAUACAUUAUUUUUCUAUUUGUAAACCACUCUAGUCUCUAUUGUCAAUUUAAUGAUGCCUACACCGACCAACCAACCAAGAAUAGCCAAGAAAGUCAUUUACUCCUUUUCUUUUCUUUGAUUAAAAUAUAAUCACGUGAACUAUAUGGAAAUUGAUAUGGACCAUAUGGUCAAAAUGAUACGCAAGAACUCAUAUGGAAUUAUCCUGUUUCAUGGGCUACGCGAAUAAGAAGAAAAGAAAAAGAAAGAAACAAAAAAAACAUUUAAUUCUUCAGACAGCACCUGUCCACCAAAGUUAUUUCUUUGUAGCUCCCAAAUGAGGCUCUUGCAUUUCCCUAGCUCGGGCUUGUUAGUUGUUACCUAAUUGGAGAAUAAUGAGCUUCUGGAGGUUUUUAAUGGCAACUGGGAUUUUCCCAGUGAUUCCAUAUCUAGAGAGUGAAAGAAAGGGCAGAUGUUUUGCAAUUAGCAACAGAAGAAGGAAUAGUUCUGUAGAUAAAAUUGUCGUUCAGAAUUAAAGUUUCCAAAUAUUUCCAUUUUCACAGAUGUUGUCAAGGAUAUCCCCAGAGAGAUUGUUAGCCCAAAUAACCAAAUCUGUGAGAUUAGGAAGUGCCCAUAUUUCAGCAGGAAUUGAACCAUUUAGGUAAUCGUGGCUAAGAUCAGUUGCCUUCAAAUUCUUACAGUUUCCAAGCCCGGAAGGUACUGGCCCUGAUCAGCCGCCUGCCAAGCUUAGUUUUCCCAGGGUAGAAUUGAGGGCUGAUCAGAAUCCAAAAGGGAUGUUACCAGUAAACCAGUUCGAAUUGAGAUCAAGAACUUGAAUCUGGAUACAACUGGUUAAUAACAUAGGAUCUAAUCCAGUUAUGUUGUUAAAAGAUAGAUCAAGUGAUGUUAGAUUUCCACAACCCCCAGAAUUGAGUUCUGACAAU